AGAAUGCAGCGCCUGCUGCACCCUCUCGUGGUGUCCCUCCUCCUGGCAUCCAUAUGUGGGAACCUCAGCCCUCUGGGUCAGCUUGAUAGCGGAGGGGGAGACCUCGAGCCUGAGGACCCCCGGUGGGGGCAGCUGAAGAGUGGAAACCUGAGCAGACCCCUCCUGCCUGCCGACUUCCACAAGGAGAACACAGUCACCAACGAGUGGAUCGUGGACGGGGAAGAGGACGACGACUACCUGGACCUGGAGAAGAUCUUCGGGGAGGAUGACGACUACAUUGACGUCGUGGACGCGGUCUCGCCCGUGGACCCUGGGACUGGCGCCAGCAGCGUGCUCCAGCUCUUCCCGGGCAAGAGCCGCAUCCAGCGGCUCAACCUCCUCAACGCCAAGUUCGCCUUAGACCUCUACCGGGCGCUGAAGGAGCGUGUCGGUGCCUCGGACAAUGUCUUCCUGGCGCCCGUAGGUGUGUCCACAGCCAUGGCCAUGCUCUCCCUGGGCCUGCGGGGGGACACCCACGAGCAGGUACACGCUGCCCUGCGUUUCACCGACUUUGUCAACGCCAGCACCACAUACGAGCUGGGCACCGUCCACAACCUGUUCCGGAAGCUGACCCACCGCCUCUUCCGGAGGAAUUUCGGGUACACGCUGCGGUCCGUCAGUGACCUGUACAUUCAGAAGCAAGUUCCAGUCCUGGACGACUUCAGAGCCAAGGUCCGACAGUACUACUUCGCCGAGGUCCGGGCGGCUGACUUCUCUGAUCCCGCCUUCAUCUCCCAAACCAACCAGCACAUCUCGCGGCUCACCAAGGGCCUCAUAAGAGACGUACUGGAGGAUAUGGACCCCGCGACUCAGAUGAUGCUCCUGAACUGCAUCUACUUUAAAGGGUCCUGGGUGAACAAAUUCCCAGCGGAAAUGACACACAACCACAACUUCCGGCUGAACGAGCAAGAGGUGGUCAAGGUCCCCAUGAUGCAGACCAAGGGGGCCUUCCUGGCGGCAAGCGACCAGGAGCUGGACUGCGAUGUCCUGCGGCUGGAGUACAUGGGGGGCAUCAGCAUGCUGGUGGUGGUCCCGCACAAGCUGUCCGGGAUGAAGACCCUCGAGGCCCAGCUGAAACCCCAGGUGGUGGAGAGAUGGCAGAAGAGCAUGACAAACAGGACACGGGAAGUACUCCUGCCCAAGUUCAAGCUAGAAAAGGACUACAACCUGGUGGAGGCCCUGCGGUCCCUGGGGGUCACAGCGCUGUUCGACAGGAACAGCAAUAUGACGGGGAUCUCGGACCAGAGGAUCGUCAUCGACCUGUUCAAGCACCAAGGCACCAUCAUGGUGGACGAGGAGGGUACGCAGGCCGCAGCCGUGACCACCGUGGGGUUCAUGCCAUUGUCCACCCAGGUCCGCUUCAGCGUCGACCGGCCCUUCCUGUUCCUUGUCUAUGAGCACCGCACGGGCUGCCUGCUCUUCCUAGGCCGGGUCGCCAACCCCACCAGGUCUUAG